AUGCCUUCCACGACAACCAAAAAGCCCUCCCAUCAGUUCUCAGAAGAUGUCCAGUUGAUUGGAGAACCAACCAAAAAGAACAUGUUCUACGCCUCGGACAUUGCAAUGGGGAUAGUUGCCUUGGCUUGCCUCGCUCUGUCAAUAUUGGUAGUCUCACACGGCUACGUCUCGUGGUAUCUUGGUUUCGCAAAUCGCCAGCUCAUCGUCAUCGGGUUUCUCCUCAGCAUCAUGAGUCUGUGUCUGGCCAGUGUCACGCCGACAUUAUCGAUCCUCCUCGAGGCCCGUUUUGGAGAAUCCACCAUACAAAACUACGACGCAAUCCUUCGAAAUAAGCCUCUUGCAUCGAGACUCAGCUUUGCCUGGCGUGCGGUGCUUAUCAUCAUGCUGGCCCUUCCCAUCGGGCUGAGUGUGGCGUACAAACCCUUCGCAGGCGGCGAGAGCGGCAUGAAUGUUCGCUCAGUCGAUUACAUUCCGAACGCCACCUACUUUGGUCUUUUCAGGCCGCCCGAAAUUGUUUCAGUUACUGGCAUCUCCUCAUACCUAAAUGCAACCGCUUCAUUUCGAGAUGAGACCGAACGAGCCACAAAUGGUUCUGAGGGCCCGCUGCCAACAUUCCCUCAACCAUACGGCUACAACAUCUUGUUGCUCAACAAAUCAAGCGCGGCAUUGCUUGACACUCUCCAUCCCGAGAUUAUCCUCGCAAUACAGCAGCUACUUGCUGUUGGCGAGUCUUGGACCAUCACUGCGCCCGUUAUCGGAACAGUGGCUACCUUGAAUACAUCGGCCACUACAGACCGUCGUGCGUUCGAAAAUGAAUUUGAAUCGUUCUGUUUGGAAGACAAUGAGCUGUGGACUCAUCAUCUGGAAUACCUAUACAACGGAUGGUCUUUCUCCCUCACCAAUCAGCUUUUCCUAUCGGAUCAGUCAAUGCAGUGUAUUGGCUUAUCACCGGGGGUUGGAAAUUGUUCGGAGAUUGCGCCCUAUGUACAUCUCUACAACAUCUACAGACAGUCAUGCUGGGGUACGUGGUCCAUCAGUCGAGGCGGCUUCCAGCUCGUCGAUGGCUCUUGCGACGCUACUAUGCUACCAUGGGCCAAGCAACAGAUACUUACUUCAGUGGCAUGUCCUAGCACUUCCAUCAUUUUACAAGCCAUCCUUGAUGGAGAUGCUGACCACAUUUGUCGGAAAUGA